AUGGACGACGACAAGGACGCCGGGCUGCUUGAAUUGAAGAAAAAGUGCAAGCUCAUCAUCCUCAAGCUCAACCCGCAAACCUCAGAGCCCAGAGCAUCAAUCGAGUCCGGCGCUCACACUCUGCACUACCUGAUCAUCGACGACGUGAUCUACGUGUGCAUCACCACCAGCAGUUUCCCGAAAAAGCUCGUGUUUUCGUAUCUAUCCGAGAUCUCCAACGAAUUCAGCCACAUCUACGCCAACGAUCUUGCCAAACAGAACCUCAAGCCGUACGAGUUCAUCCAGUUCGAGUCCUUCAUCAUCAAGACAAAGAAGAUCUACAGCGACUCCAGAGCACAAUCCAACCUUGACAAGCUCAACACCGAUCUUGUGGACGUCAAGAUGAUUAUGAAUAAAAACAUCGAGGACUUGCUCUAUAGAGGCGACUCGCUCGACAAAUUGCAAGACCUCUCGUCGAACCUCAAGACCCAGUCGCAAAAGUACAAGAAAUACGCCGAAAAAAUCAACUUCCAGCUACUGCUCAAACAGUAUGCCCCGGUGGCUAUGGUAUCGCUCCUGGUGCUGUUUAUUCUGUACCGGAUUCUGUUUUAA